AACCCAUCCCUAACUAAAGUCAUUACUGACGUUCAUUUGUUUCUAAAAAAGCAACGCCCCCACGUCUGGUGGAAACUGAAUCAGUCUGCGACACACAAGUGAAGUCACGAACACGUUACGUGAUUUAGAUUGGCAGAUCUUCCCAUAUCGUUUUAUCACUUCUGACUGUCGAAUCUUCUGGCUGCACGAGACUUCGGCGUUGAAAUCUCCCAUGUCCUUGCACGAUUGCUAUUGUAUUGAAGGUUCCCAUUUCGCCAGAUGGAGACUAAACCCGUUGAGACUGGGAACAAGAGUGAAGGUGAUGAACAACAGUUGUCGCCAACCAAACCAGCUCUACAACAGCAGCAGCAAGAGAACGUCAGACGCAGUCCUCUCGGCUUUCUGAAGAAGCGCGUCAAAUCCGGUAGUAGCAAAAAGCGGCGCGACAGCGGAAAUUCCGAGGGCGACAUCGAACCCGUUGUUACGAUCGAAGAGGAGUUAUCUGACAACAAAGUCCUCGCCUCACCAUCAAAUUCCGCCAGUCGUCGUCUUUCCCUUGAUUCGGCGCCAUCGUCGCAACCAGUCCAGCCCUUGAACAGCAGCAGCAAAGAGAAGCCUCGUCAGUAUCGAGGCAUCGCCAAAGUUUUUCACGACUUGAAGUACCGCUCCCGAAUCCGCAAGAGCCAUUCUGCUCCACCCUCUGGCAUGGAUAGUAACCAAGUCUCGAGCCCAGUGUCGGUGGUGGCCGACGAUGACUCCUUCUCGUCGUACGCCACGGCCAUGGGAGCCCACAGUUCCGGCUACUCGACACCGUUGAUGUCGUCGAACGUGGGUAGUCCGGAAUCGUCGAUGACUGAAAGUUUUGUGGAAGAAGACGAAGAACAGGCGGAUGUGACUACGACCACAAUGGAAGAGUCUCUCAGUCCGGCUCAGGUUGCCGCCGUUCAGUUGGCCAGUCCCCCGUCUGCACCUGCUUCGCCUCCUCCCGCUAAAAUGGCCUCUGAAACCUUAGCGGAGCCAAGUCCCAAAGCUUCUAGUCUUGAAACAGAACCCGUAGACGUUGAUGAAACCCUAGCAAAUUCGAGUAGUACCAACAACAACAACAAGCCCGAGUGUCAUCAACAAGAAGAAGCCACUCCUGUUUCUACGGUCGUCUCUUCCGCCAGUGCCGAUACUUCCUCUUCUCCUUCCCUUGCCGUUUCCCGCCCAGCAGAGGCCACCACUUUGACUACUUCUUCUGGUGGUUCGGCUGCUGGUCAAAGGUCGAGGAUACCACUAUUGUCGCAACAUCGUUCCUCGGUCCCUUGCACUUCGACAAGUCAAGAGACAACCGAGGCAUUGAAAGUUCAACAGCCGGAGCGAUCCUCUUCCACCAGCGAAUUUCGCUUCUGUUUCAGCGAGUACAACGGUACCAAGUCACCCACCAAAGGAUUGAUCCGCUCGUCCGAUUCUAGCAAGAUGGACACAGCCAACAAUACGGCUGGCACCGAUGCCAACGGCUAUCCGAAGAAUGAACAUUUGUACAAAGUGCUUGUCAUUGGAGAACUGGGCACCGGCAAAACGUCCAUUAUCAAGCGCUACGUCCAUCAGUUCUUUUCGCAGCACUAUCGAGCCACCAUCGGAGUCGAUUUUGCCCUUAAAGUCGUUCACUGGGACCAGAGCACCGUCAUCCGCCUUCAAUUAUGGGAUAUUGCCGGUCAGGAAAGGUUCGGCAACAUGACUCGAGUCUAUUACAAGGAGGCUGUGGGAGCAUUCAUCGUAUUUGACGUCACAAGAAGUAGCACAUUCGAAUCGGUAGCCAAAUGGAAACAAGACCUUGACACAAAAGUUCAGCUUCCGGACGGAAGUCCCAUUCCUUGUGUAUUACUCGCUAAUAAGUGUGAUCAACCGAAAGAAGGUAUUGCCGCAAGUCCAGCCAAAAUGGAUGAAUAUUGCAGAGAAAAGGGCUUUGCCGGCUGGUUUGAAACGUCAGCCAAGGACAAUAUCAAUAUUGAUGAUGCGGCGAAAUUCCUCGUCGGAACGAUUCUUCAGAAUGAUCAAUGGAGUACCAGCAUAAAAGAGGAGGACGCCGACAAACUGGAUCUUAAUGGGAAGGGAGGAACUGCCGGUGGUGACAAGAAGAGCAAUUGUUGUUGAUUUCUCACGCUCUGCUCACAAGCGUAUCUCGUUGCGUGCCCUCCCAAAAUUUACGCCAUAUCGUGUCAAAAUGAACGGUCUACCGUUUAAAAAUUUCCUAUCAUUUCUUUCUUUUUUGCAUCUUGUGGGGUCUUUCUGGCUCCACCCGGUUUUUAUAAGUGUGUUGGGACAUUACGUCGCUUCGUUUGAGGCAUAAUUAAUGUCGGGGGAAAUUUAGGCCAUUGUAAAGGGGGCACUGUGGUCUACGGCUGUCUUUAAAAAAAUUCUAUCAUUUUAAUGCACUUUCUAUCAUUUUGCUAACGUUGAGCAAGAGAGCAUCGACUAUUCUACUAGUCUCGAGCCGAUGUAUUUGUCUUGGAAUUGUUUCUUAUAUCAUAUAGUAUGUACGAGUGUGUUUCAAUUUUCUUUGCCUCGAUCAUCUACUAUUGGAUCUGAAAUAUUUUUGGUUGCUGAUUGAGUAAAGUUUAAAGUUCCAGUCGACACAACAUCUCAUCAUGGGGCACCCAUAUCCUCCAAAUAAAAGAAAAAAAAACUAAAAUUAAAUAAUUAUCGAUACAUUAUAUGUAAGUUUUUACGCAUUUUCUGUCAUAUCUAUUAAUUCAAUUGUGAUGUCCGCCACGGUAUUUCCUUGAUAAAAAUUAAUGAUAUACGCUUGCCAUCACCCCCUCACGCAUUGUGUGUUGGAAUAUGAGACAAAAUGUUCGUGUCAUAAUAUCACUCGAAAAAUGAAUACAUCACGCUAGGCAAUAA